GUCAAGAUUUUUGAGGAGCAGUGGACAGCAAGUGUACACCAAUAUUUUGGCUUUCACAAUGUUGCAGGAAGGCAAUUUAACCAUGAACGAGUCCUGCAAGAUUCAUGAUGGCAUACUUUCACCCUUCUUGCCCAUUGGCUACAUUUUCAUCUUUUGCAUCGGUUUGCUCUUCAACACCGUCACCCUUUACAUAUUUUUUCUUCGGCGGCAUACAGACACUUCCAUGGCCGUAUACAUGCGACACCUCGCCUUGGCAGACACUAUGCUGGUCCUGUGUUUGCCUGUCCGGGUUUACUACCACAACAAAGUAGGUCCUUUCUACUUGUGCAAGGUGGUGGGCAUCUUCUUCUACUUAAACAUGUAUUCCAGCAUGCUGUUCCUCAGCCUCAUCAGUCUGGAUCGCUACUUAAAAAUCAUCAAGCCUGUUUGGGUCUUCAGCAUCCAAAAGACCAAGUGGAGCCACAUGGCAAGCUACAUCGUCUGGGUAGUCCUCAUUUCAGGAAUGAUCCCCUUUUUGACAAACAACAGUCUGAAACAUCCGUGCGACAAAGUUUGCUUCCACUUCCACAGCAAGGGGACUGUCGAUGGGACCAUUAACCUGACAACAAUGGUGCUCUUCAUUGUUUUUUAUGUGGCCUUUCUUUGUUUUUAUGUGAAGAUCACUAAUAAACUCAGGGCUAUGUCCAUGGGUAAUGGUGACCCUAAGGCACAGAGUCGCAAAAAGAGGGUCAUUAUAAAGACUUUCUUGGUACCGUCCAUUUUUACUUUGUGUUUCUUGCCUUACCAUGCAACACGAAUCCCAUACAUUCUGGCUCAGAUGAAUGUGAUCGGGGAUCUUCAUAGCCAACAACUGUUGCACAUCUUAAACGAGAGUACUUUGCUACUGUCUGCUCUAAAUAGUUGCCUGGACCCAAUUGUCUAUUACUUCUUAUCCAGUGUGUACAGGAAAACCAUACUCUGUGCCAUUCAGGCCAAGUUUAAAAACAUGCAUGCUUUAAACAGAAGGAGAAUUAGCAUAAACCGCUCACUUCCUGAAAUUCAGUCUUAACGGGUGACUUUUCCAUUUGUGACUUUCGACGACUACAUGAAUCAGAUUUUGUAGAUUCAACAAAUUGAAAUAGUUAAUUUAGUUUAUUAAGCAGGUCUUGUGUUUCUGUAAAUACUGAAUAUGUAGCUGUAGCAUUUGCACUAGAGCAGUGGUUCUCAAACGGCUUUGCUUUGACCAAGAUUUUGUGGUGGUCCCAAAAAACAGUAACAAAACGGUUUCUCUGAAAUUAAACAUAGAUUUAUGUAUGAAACUGCACAGGCCCAACAUGUACAGUUGUUAACAUCGUAUAAUAAAAUGAGUGUUUGAUUACGUGUUAUUUAAAUGCUUUUAUGUUUUCUGCAGCCACAAAUUAAAAUGAAAUCAUCAUACAGAAUAUUUAGCAGAAAGUUUGUGACAAACUGUAAAUAUGAUGUGUUAUAGAUUACUAGUGUCGACAACUAAUACAAUAGAUGAUGGGAAAUACAGGACUUAAAGUGUGACUAACAGUUUGUCACACUUUAACUCCUGUAAAGUAUAUAUUUCCCAUUUUAUUCAAUUGUCUUAGUUGUCGA